GCUUCAUGAGAGCACAGAAGAAGAGCCACACAUCCUACUGGAGUGUGACAGCAGCAUGCUGGAUUCCAUCCAGAAACAUCUGAAGCUCUACAAGAUCCGGAGGAAAGUCGACAUCACCCCUUGCCUUGACCUCUCUUUGUGGGCUGUCAUCCCUGGGGAACAGGCUGGAGACACUGCCAGCUCCCUCCCAAAAUGUCCAGACCAGGCUCUGCUUUUUACUCCUGACCCCAGAACAGAAGUCAUGGGCUGGAGACUGAUUGCAAAGAAAGGAGCAAAUCUGUCAGAGAUUAUUCCUGGGAGUCAAGUUGGGAAUGUUCAGGAUUACCACAGGCACAGGUAUAAACAAGGAAUUCCAGAAGGUGUGAAGGAUCUCCCUCCUGGAGUUGCCCUCCCCCUGGAAUCAAACCUGGCCUACAUGAAUGGCAUCAGCUUUACUAAAGGCUGUUACAUUGGACAGGAGCUGACAGCCAGGACCCACCACAUGGGUGUCAUCCGCAAACGUCUGCUGCCUGUCACCUUCCCAGCUCCUCUUCCCACUGACAGCAUUCCUGAGGGGGCUGAGAUCUUAACCGAAUCAGGAAAGCCAGCUGGAAAAUUCCGGGCUGGAGGAGGUCAACUCGGGAUAGCUCUGCUGAGGCUGGCUCAUAUACAUGAGUCCCUCUGCCUGAAUCUCGGAGGGGAUAAAGUGAAGCUCAGUGCAAACACACCCGAGUGGUGGCCAAAAACUGCUGCUAAGUAG